AUGCAGUUCACCACCACGAUUCUCCUCGCUUGCGCUUCCGUUGCCUCUGCGCAAUACACUUGGGGAGACUGGGGUGCAAUGAACCCAUGUGCUCAACCAUGCUUUGCAUCAGCCUACCCAGGAACUUCAAGUUCAUGGUCCAGCCACUGUGCUUCGCAGACUCUUCUCAAUAACUGCAUCAAAUCAUCUUGCUCAACCAUGACUGCCGUCCAGACCAGUGCUUCUGCUGCGCAAUCAGCUCAAUGUUCGGCGUUCAGUAGCUGCUCAACUGUACAGGAUGUUUGUACUUACGCCUAUCCUUGGUGGGGUGGAUGGAGUGCCUGGGGAUGGGACGGACCAUAUCAUGAUGGCAUGUAUACCGUCACUACCGACGCUCAAACCACAGGAUUGACGACUAGAACUGUCACAUCAGCUGUCAGCGGAGUUACAUCGACUGCCACUCAAACAGCUACCCUUGUCGCGGCUGCAGUCGCUUCAACCACUAAUGCCGCCGCUACGGCGACUGCGACUCAUAACGCAGGAUCGAGUCGUGGUGUCAAUGCUGCUGGAGCUCUCAUCGGCGCUGCUAUUGUUGCUAUGAUAGCUAUGUAA